AUGGCGACCGGGAGGCGUCGUCGUCGGACUCGGAGCAGGGGCAACAAGCCCAAGAGGACCAAGAGCGUGUCGAAAAAAGACGUUCCCCCGGCAGCAGGGCCGACGAGCGCGAACGACGUUCCCGACCACGUCCUGGAGCUCAUCCUCCUCCACCUCGAGUCCUCGGCGUGUCUCCUGCGCGCCGCGGCGGCGUGCAAGCGAUGGCGCCGGAUCGCGGUGGCCGCCGGGUUCCUUCCCCGCUACCGCUCCCUCCACGCGCACGCGCCUUUCGUCGCGGGCCACUACCACGCCUUCGACCCGGACUGGGUCGACUACGAGUCCCCGCCGAUCACGGAGAACCCCGUGUUCGUUCCCUCUCCGUCGCUUACCGUGGACGGCCGCCACUUCUCGCUCGACGACUUCCUCCCGGACAGCGACAGCGGCUGGGCGCUCGCCGGCAGCCGUGGCGGCCUCCUGCUCCUCUUCAGGAGGAGGACCGGCUGGGACGCGCACAGGCGGAGCCGCAGCUUCCCUGACCUCCUCGUGUGCGAGCCACUCACGCGGCGGUGCCAGGGGAUCCUUCGCCCGCCGGAACACGCGACGUGCCUCGGUGUGUUCCUUCUCGACGGCGACGACGGGUCCGGCGGCCGCGUCGUCGGCAUGUCCAUGUCCAGUUUCAGGGUCGUCUCCGUGCUGCACGAAGACCACGCGUCGGAGGAGGGCCGCGGCAUGCCGGUCGCCUGCGUGUUCACGUCGGGGAGCGACGGCGGCUGGCGCGUCCUCCUGCCAGCAUGCGCCUCGACCAACAGCAACAGCGCGCCGUCAGCCUUCCGGGAGCGAUCGACUGCGUAA